AUGUCGGAACUACCAGAGGCCGUCUUUUCUGAUAAUAAUAAUAAUGAUUUAAAGAGCGUAAUUCAGGAGGACGGGAUCAUAGAAACUGGUAUUGAGCUCAACGAAGAUAUUAUUUUUCAUGGUGAAACCUCAUCUGGAAAUGAAUUUGAGGAUCCCAAGCUUGAGAAUGAUGAGUUGGAGGAUCAGACUAUUAAACUUCACUUCGAUGCCGAGGAUGGAGAUGUCCAGUUGGAUCAUUCGUCGUUUCUGACACUACCUGCUAACUUUAAUGAGGACGAUGAUGAGAUGCGUGAGGAGGCCGAGGUUCUCAAUCUAAUGCGAGUGGAGAAACCUGAUAACAAUGGACCGAACAUGUCGAACAAUUUAGAUUCUGAGCUUAGGGAGAGUAUAGAGUCCCGCCGAGAACGCCAUCGUCGCCGCAAGGUGGAGAAGCAGCGCCUUCGACAGGCCAAAGAAUCCGACAAGCAUUCUAAAAAGCGAAAAAGGGAUCACUCCGAGAGCGAUGCGGAUACCGACCCCGAUGACGCGCCAUCACGGCAGCGAUUCCACAAAGGCAAGCGCCAGACGAUUUUAGAUCAGUACCCGCGGGAGGCCGAUCCCCCCCCGCGCCCCUCUGCCCCUCCCAAGAACCAUGACGAGGAUGAGGAUGUCAACUACUUCCGCCGUCAGCUUCUCUCACAGCGCGGUCCGAUUAGUGAUGCGGCCCUUCAGCAGUGCGUUGCCGAGCUCCAGGCCGUUAUCGCGGCCUGCCAGCAGGACGACGCCUACGCCCAUCGCGAGGCCGCCGUGCUCGACCUGCUGCGACCCCUCACCACCUGCGACCUCUCCUUCCCGCAGCUCCGCGCGAGUCGAGCGGGGGUGGCGGUGGGCCAGCUCUUGACGCCGCGCGCCCCUCCGCGGGUUCGCACGCUCGCAGGGGCGAUUCUCCGCUUUUGGUUUAGCCAACUUCCCCCCGCCCUUCAACAGGGCCUUGCGGGGGGCGCCGAGAAAGGAACCCGCAGCGUGGCAUCCCCCCACCCUAAGGACAACCCAAGCGUAACCGACAAUGCCAACCUUCAGGAGGAUGCCACAGGUGAAAAGAGGUUCGAUGAGGCGGUGGAGGCCGGAUCGCCGCUGAGCCCGAGGGGGUCGAUAUCAGGGCAGGGGGAGAUCCAGUCCCCGUUGGGCCUGAGCUUGACGGGGGCCAUCACAACACUUUAUUCUUGCCCGAACUGCGGGGCGCGCGAGGCGGUGCGGUCGACGUACUCUGUCCAGGCGCAUGAUAGCUUUCCGUGUAUUCUUCGAUGCCAGGGAUGUAGGCAUAUCUGGAAUAUUGAAACGUAA